AUGGCACUACCAGAAGGCACGAUUCUUUUUGCCAAGCUCGAAGCUCUGAAAGAUAUCAGAUCUAAAACCAUUCAGUUGGACAAAAUUAAGCAAAGAAUUUUUCAAGAGGUUGAGCUUACUGAGCAAGAAGAAAAAUGCUUAAUGGAGUAUAAGCAGGAAAUGGAUUUGCUUAUGCAGGAAAAGAUGGCUCAUGUUGAAGAACUAAGACAAAUUCAUGCUGACAUAAAUGCAAUGGAGUCUGUUAUAAAGCAUGCCGAAGAAGCAAGAAAUCGUGCUAGGGAAUCAGCUAAAAUCAUUCAUAAUAAUGACUAUCAGCCCUUAAAACAUGAUAUUGAUAGAAUGAGAAGAGAUUAUUUGGGAUUAGAAAGAUUGCCUGAACUUUAUGAAAUAGAAUCGGAUAUUACUCCAGAUUAUUUUGAUCGAGCAGUACAAAAGACAGACUGGCGGGUGGAUGUGCGAGGGGAUGACUUACUUCCUCCUUUAAAUCUUCAUCCACAUCCUGGAAAUAAUGCAUUUUUAGCUCCCCAACCUUUACAAGGUUCUAGCAAAACCGAACCAAGGCCACUUCCACCUGCACCUGGUCCACCAGCGCCAACAUUCAGGUAUUCAAUGCAACAACCACCACCUAUGAAAUCAUGUCUUUCUUGCCAUCAACAAAUACACAGAAAUGCACCAAUAUGUCCCUUAUGCAAGGCCAAGUCUCGAUCUCGUAAUCCUAAGAAACCAAAAAAGAAAGAUUAGAAAAAAAUUACUUAAAAGAUUUAUUUAAUCAUUCAUUUAAUGGUUCAUAUUAAUCGCAUAGUACUUAAAAUAUAAUCUAAAAAUAUUGAUUCUAGUAAAAGAAUCAAUAUAUUUCAUAAAUUGAAUUUUAGCUCAAUUUAUAAACA